UCAAUCAUAUCACAAUUGUGAGAGCUUAAGAAGAAGAAGGAAGAGAGCAAUGGCGACGGCGAUACCACUCUUCGCCUCAUUCAAGUACGCCGAUAGUCUCACCGUCGUCGGAAUCUCCUUCUGCACGGCGUUAGUCUGCGAAGCAAUCUCAUGGAUCUUAAUCUAUCGCACGAACUCUUACAAAUCCUUGAAAUCUUCCAUUGACAAAGCCUCCAAGAAGCUCGAGACGAUGAAGACUGAUAACACUUCCUCAAAGCUAACAGUAAAGAAAUCGAAGACGAAGAAGAUAGAUCGCGUUGAAUCCAGCUUAAAGGAAUCGAGCCGAGAUCUAUCUCUCUUCAAGUUCAAAUCUGGUGCCGUUGUGGCUUUGGUUCUCUUCGUUGUGUUUGGGUUGUUGAACUCGCUUUUCGAAGGCAAAGUUGUAGCGAAGCUUCCGUUUCAUCCGAUUACGAUUGUGAGGAAGAUGAGUCAUAGAGGAUUGAAAGGAGAUGAUUCCACGGAUUGUUCCAUGGCGUUUUUGUAUCUGCUUUGUUCUAUUAGCAUAAGGACUAAUCUUCAGAAGUUCUUAGGCUUCUCUCCUCCUAGAGGAAGUGCUGGUGCUGGUGGUUUGUUCCCUAUGCCUGAUCCUAAGACGAAUUGAUCAGUUCUGAAUCUGAUCUAGUGUGGUUGUUUUAGUUAAGCACUUUUUAAAGUUUUGAUUUUUGAGUUUCUGUAGUUUGUUGUUUUCGUUUAAAAAAUUGGUUUUUACAUGAUCUGGUCUCUUCUGAUGUAGUAACGAUGCAGGUCUUGUGACUACUGGAUCUUUGUGUAUUUAACUCCUUUUCAUAUGCUAAGUUUCAUGCGUUGCCAUCUU